UCCUUUCCUGGACCUUUAUUUUCAGAGAUUGUUCAUCUAAUAUUGAAUAUAAAUUACAGUUUUGUAUUUAUACUCAGUCAAUGCUAUCCAAGGGGAAAAUUAUAUCACAGCAUAUCGCAGAAUCACAUCAUAGAAUCAUAGGAAUUGGAAGGGACCUCUGGGAAUCAUCUAGUCCAGCCCUGCAGGCAAAGCAGGUUCCCUGUGACAGAACUGUCAUGGAGAUAAUCCAUUCCUAAUAGAAGUCCGAUAAGUUUUUCCAGUAGAAAAUUUCCCAGAAUGGAAACUGGAACCAAAGUAGAGCAAAAUGUAGGCUGUUGUUACUGAGGACAGCUUCGGAGCAAAGGGUUCCAGUAAUUUCAAUAGGAUUUGCGCUGUGCCUAGAUCAAUAAGCAAAUACUCUUCAAUCCCAAGAGCAUUUCUGGAUGUCUACUUUUACCCUUAAAAACUUUAAUAUAACUAAAGGGUGGAAAAUAGGAAGCUUGCAAUAUAUAUAUUCAACUCAUUAAGUUUUCCUUUUUGGAAAAUAUUUACUAAAGUGUUUUAUAGCUAAAUUAAAUAUGGUGGAUGGAUCUAUCCUAAGGGAAUAGAUUAAAUUAAACUAGGAAGAAACCAAAUCUAAUUAUAUUGCAUUCUGUAUAAUUAAGCAGCAGGAAUUCUUUGUUCUGAUUCAGUACUUCAGGUUUGGUAAGACUUAGAUUUAAUCAAUUAAAUUACUUUAUUUUUUCCCUUUAAAUCAAAAAGGCAGGUACAGAGAACAAUAGAAUACAAAAUAUCUUUCAUAUAUAAAAGAUAUAUGUCAGUUUAACAAAAUAGUCUGACGUUCCUGACAGUAAAUUAUGUCAUGUUUUAUACACAUUCAGCAUCUACCUCAGUAAAUUAUAGCAAAAAAAUAUAUACAAACUAAUCAACAACGUUACAUUUUAGCUCCAACACUCCAUUAAGCUUUAAAGCCUGGCUCCAUACAUGGAUAGAUAAUACAGAAUAUAUGGAGAGACAGACAGAAAAAAACAGUGAACAAGAACUAAGCUCAACAUCUUACUGGAAAAGCAUGUGCUGUAACAAGAAGGUUAACUAUUAAAAGAAAUGGACAGAAAAGGAAGAUACAAAUCUGCACCAUUUGCAGAUUAAAACUCACACAUCAAGUAGACCCUUAAAAAUGUGAAUGAUUUUGAUUCUUUUUGACCAUUUUGGUUUUUUUUGGAGGGGUCACUGGAGUGAUCUAAGACAGUCUGCACAUUGGUCUGAGAUGUCCAGAGCUCACCCUAUUUCUACCACUCUGAACUACUGCAGGAGUGGGCAGUGUUACACUCCAGUGGGUCCACACACCAUCCUAUUUGUGUCUUAUCUUAAACAACAACAUUCAUUUCACCAUCAUAGCUAGAUAGCGGGGCCUAAAUUUCAGUGUUUGUGAAUUCAUCUGUUUGUGCGUUCAUUUCCCAGGGUAUGUCCUCUUUCCUUGCUCUGAAAAAAGACAAUACCAUUUCAUCCACUGAAAGGCUUUGUGAGGUUCCAUAGCAGAUAAAGGCAGUAUAGUUGUUUCCUCAACCAUUUGUUACUGAUAUUGCCAAUGUUUCCAACAUCCUCCACUGGUGCAGAUCAGUAAAGGAAGGAUUAUUUUUCAUGACACUUUAAGCAGCAGGGACACUAAAUUGAACAGUAGCCAAUAGUGGGAAUUUAUUAAACAUAACAACAGUCAAAUAUUCCCACGCUAGAAUACUGACAGAUAAUGCCAUUCCAUAAAUAUCUGUCUCCAUUUUUCUCCAGCAACAAAACUCCACUUGAAUAGACCUGAGCUUAGAGACUGUGCACAAAGAUUGACAGAAUAUAAAACUUUCCAGGAAAAUAUCUAAUAUGUGAUUGAACUUGAAGUACUCUUGAGAAUGCAUAGUGCAUGAAGUCAAGCUAAAUGAGAGAGAUUGGUGAGGAAACAAAUGUAUUACAAAUGUAAUAGCACUAAAAAAACAUUAUAUUGUACACAUUGCCAGAGCUUGUUAAGUAUUAACAGGUCUAGGGCUCCCAAUUUUCUGGUUUACAAACUAGAAAAUAGAUGUUAUUCUGGCUUCCCUUACAGAUCCCCAUUUAUAGUUUCUUUACAGGAAGACCAGGAUCAGCUUACAGGCAGCUAAAGAAAUUGAACAUGCUGUGCUCAGUGGGAGCAGUAUUAUGGCUGUGUCUCAGGCUUAGAUCAUUAAUUGAAAACACAUAGAAAAGAGUGAGAUGCUGACAACCUGUCUCUCCCUGAAGAGGAGAAUGAGGAAAUGGGGGAGAAUGAGAAGAAGGCCAUGGAGAAAAUAGAGUACUACCUCAGGAAUACAGAAGAGAAGGACAUGCUAAAGAUGGUGUUCCUGAAGAGCAUUUGCACCAUUUGCAAAAUCGACAACAACAAGGCUUUGUGUAAGAAACUGGCUGUUUUCUGCCGUGAAAAUAAGUUGGCAAAGGAAGUCGAGGAGCUGCUGGAGAAUGAGCCAAUGGAGAAUGAGCCAAUGGACCAGCUGCGCACAGCAGUGCAGUACCACGCCAUGCUUGCGAUCACUGCCAUGAGCAGAGUGAAGGCAAUUGCGCAGGAUGAAAUAAGAUCUCUUCUAAAUGCGUGCUUCAAAGCCAUCUUCUAUCUGCCACCAAAAGAGGUCUUGAACAUUCACCUCUACAAUCAUACCAUGCAUGCUAUGGACAACAUGCUGCAGAUGUUGCUGGUCAGCCAUCGUACCUCCAGCAGUGAGGAGCUGCAGAAUAUCUUGGAGGUGCUGCUACACUUUGCCAGUAGCCAAGACAAAACUGUGCAGGCAAGGGCCAUGGAACGGCUCUGGAAGCUCAGCAGUUUCAUUGCCAGCAAUUCCUGGCAGGAGCCAUUCGCAAAAUUCCUAGAGCCUUCUCAGAGGACAGACAUCGUCUGCAUGACCCUUGAGACCAUUGGAGAGGGCAGCACUGAGGACAUGGAGUGGGCCAUCUCGAUGCUGGAUGUGGUUCUACAAGACCCUGCCACCUGGAUGAUGGAUGUGCCAGAGAUUUUGGAGUUCAUCCAGAGAAACCUGGGAAGCAGCAGCACAUCACUACAGGAGGCCCUCUUCUCAGUGCUGGAUGUGCUGACCAUCCAGUCUCCCAGGGAUGUGCUGAGGAGUGUGCUGACUGACCUUCCCCAGUGUGACAGCACCACCCUGGACAUCUGGAAGAGAAUAGUUACCCUGCCAGAAAAUUCAGAGUGGAUCUUGGAUGAACUGUGCAGCAUUUUCCAGGACAAAGAGCUGUGUGGGAUCUUUAACGUCACCACAGUGGAGUUGGGCCUCCUUCGCUUCACCGUGAUGGAUCCCACUGAAGAGAAUCUGCAAGAGCUGCAUAACCCAGCACAGCUCCGGCAGCUUCUCAAGAUUGAGAGCCUGCCGCUAGUCUGGCUGGUGCUUAGAGGCCUUGUACUGCUGUCCGAGAGCUCUGAGAUGGCAAGAAGAAUAAGGGUCCUGCUGCCAGAGGUCAUGGGGACCCUGCGGUUUGCCAACACACCCAUUGCUCUGAAGGUGCUGAAUAUCUUCAGAAAUGUGAUGACUCAUCUGGGCAAGUAUGAUGCUACUCUCAUUGCUGUAAAUCUGGCUGAGGAUCUCCUGCCUCUUUUCAAUCAUGUGGCAAGUGAAGUGCGAGAAGGCUCCAUCUGCCUCUUCAAGGAUUUGAUGAACACUGUAGUGUGGUGUCAAAAGAGAAACAUGAAGAAGACUGUGCGCAAGGCCCUGCUCCCUCUGGUCUUUCAGAUGAGUGAUGAGACCCCGAGUAUUGCAGAGGUCUCUGGAGAAACCCUCAUAGCGUGUGCAAAGUUCCUGAAGUGGAAGAACCUCAAGCACCUGGCCAAAAGAAAGAAAAAAAUGGAGAUCAAGGAGUGUUUGGUGCAGCAGAACAGGCAGAUGGUGGAUGAAUACCUUUGGCAGAAUCUGCCAUACUUGAGGGAUUCUCAGGCCUCUUUGCGAUAUGAGGCUGUGGAAUUCAUUGGUGAGCCCAACCUGUGGGUCCCUCUUUGGGCCCUGUCCUGACAGCCAGGUGCAGCCCUGCAGCCCCCAGAUACACCUUGCCCAUGCCAGUAGCCCCGAUGGGUGCCUUGCUCAGGUCCCCUCUUGGGCACCGUCCCUGCCUGCGGGAAGGGAAGGGAGGGGAAGGGAAGGGAGGGGAAGGGAA